AUGAGGUUUCAAGGUACUACCCCAAUGGUAGUGACUACAAUGUAUUUUUUAUCAUUGCUUUCUCUAAUAAAGCAAGUCGUAGCAUAUCCAUAUGAAGCGUUUCCAAUUUCAUCUCAAAUACCACCAGUAUGCCGUGUAGGGCAAUAUUUCAGUUUUAAUAUGUCAAGCAGUACUUAUGCAUCUUCCUCUGGCAAUGAUACAACAAUUGAAUACCAAGCAUUUGACUUACCAUCUUGGUUAACUUUUGACUCCAGUAAUCAAAAUUUUUAUGGUACACCAACUAAGAAUGAUUUCCAUGGUCAGUCUGAUAAUGACAAUUAUUAUUUUUCCUUUAUAUUAGAGGGUACUGAUCAAACUGAUGGGAAUUCACUUAAUGAAACUUACCAAUUCGUUAUGACUACCCGUGCAGGUAUCUCCAUAUCCGAGGACUUCAAUCUUUUAAGCUAUUUGAAGAAUUAUGGUAGUACAAACGGUGUAGAUGGUUUAAUUUUAAAACCGUAUGAAACGUUUAAUAUAACUUUUGAAUCGGGGAUUUUUACAACAGGCCAGAGUACUCAAAUUUUAGAAUAUUAUGCUAGAAGUGGAGAGAAUAAUGCCCCACUGCCCAGUUGGAUUUCUUUUGAUUCAAGCGAUUUGGAAAUAGGUGGUGUUACACCAAACCCAGGUUCGGAAAUUGCCCCAGAAGUCUAUUAUCCAUUAACUUUAAUUGCUACAGAUGUUCCCGGGUAUUCUGCCACGCAACUAGAUUUCGAAAUUAUUAUUGGUGCCCAUCAGUUGACUACUUCAAUUCAAAAUGACCUGAUCAUUAAUGUUACCUCAUCUCCAUUCGAAUAUUCUGUUCCAAUGGAUGAAGUUUAUUUGGAUGGCGACGUAAUCAAGAGCUCUGAUAUUGGGUCAGUUUCAUUAAGUGAUGGAGCCCCUAGUUGGAUUUCUUUAGAUUCAGAUGGAAACGGUACUUAUGGUAUAAAGGGCUCCGUUCCAUCCGACUACGACCAAACACAAACAAAUUUUACGCUAACUAUUACAGAUAUAUAUGGAGAUGCAGUUUAUUUAAAUUUUGUUGUGGAAACAACACAUAAGAUAUUUGCUAUUAACUCAUUGGCCAAUGUAAAUGCCACUAGAGGUGAAUGGUUUCAAUAUAAUUUGUUAUCUUCAAUGUUUACUGAUUUUGACAAUACUCAAAUUACCAUUGGAAAGAAUUCAAGUGAGGGUAAUUGGUUAGGAUAUCUAGCUAGUAAUAUGACCAUUUCUGGGACUGUUCCCGAAUCAUUUACUGUAGUUGGACUACAAAUUUAUGGUACUGAAGAUGGGAUUACUGAUUCAUUGAACUUGACUAUUAUAGGUAUGGAUCCAAAACAUACAUCUAGUAGCAGUAGCAGCACACAUAGCAGUACACAUAGCAGUACACAUAGCAGUACACAUAGCAGUACACAUAGCAGUACACAUAGCAGCACACAUAGCAGUAGUAGUACACAUAGUAUUCGAACUUCUUCUCAUAACUCUACACAUUAUUCUAGCCAUACAACUUCGUCUCAUAAUGCAACAUCUUCGCACAAUAUAACGUCUUCCAGUUAUGCAACAUCUACUUUCUACAACUCAACUACAUUCAAAAAUACAAGUUCAGUCUUCAAACCCACAAGCACAUCAUUUUUUUCCUCAAGCAGUAGUAGUAUAAUUAUUAUCACAACAAGCCAGACAAUAAGCAGCAGCAGCAGCAGCAGCAGCAGCAGUAGUAGUAGUAGUAGUACUGCUGUACCUUUAUUUACCAAGAUCAGUAAGCAAGAUAGUGAUAAAAAACGUACUACUGCAAUUGCAUGCGGUGUCAUCAUUCCCAUAGUCGUAUUACUCAUUCUAUUUUUCAUCUUAUUUUCCUGGUGGAGAAGAAGAAAAAAUAAUGAUAAAGAUAAGGAUGAAAUCCAAGCUGAAGACAGGUUGAGGUUUGACGAUGAAGACAAUAACGAGAAACCAGGCGCAUUAUUUGCUACUGCUACAAACAAGAACAAUACUGCUAAUAACCAACAAGCUUUGGAUUCUCCAGUUAUAGUUCCAGGUGGUACUACUCGUAAUGGCAGCAAUCAUACAUCUUCUUCGUACUCCUCUUCUAAUUCUACGACUCCUGAUAUGGAAGAAAAGAAUAUUGUUGAUAAUAAUGACCCUAUGAAUGCAAAUGCCACUUAUUUGAAUACUAUUCCAGUUGAUGAUAACAAUGAAGGACAAAGGAACAUUUCAUCUAUUUCUUCACCAAAUACCCAGGAAAAUUUUGCCAAUUUUAUCAAUAACCUUGACGACGAUGAUGACGAUGACGAUGAAGAUAUACACAAUGCAAUUCGUUCAGAUUUCUUUAGUCCAGUUAAGUCAUCAUCUAGAUCAAGCAGUAUGAAUAACAUUAGAGCAUCCUCGGUUUAUUAUAAUGCACAUCCAGGAUUGAAAGAUUCAUGGAGAUAUGUUCCUGAAAAUAGAAAUUCUGUUAUAUCAUCUUUGUCAUCGGUCUAUAAACCAAAGACACCAUCUUUUAAAAGGGAGAGUUAUGCUUCGCUGAAUACUAUUGGUACCAAUGUAUUUUUAGACUCUGAAAUCAAGGAUGAUGCUAAGUCUAAUGAUAACACUGCUUCAUUGUUGAAUAAAGAUCCAAAAAGUUCUGUUUUCAUACCGAAAUCCUCAUCCCAUCAAAGUUUGAGUAAAUCGCCAGAAACCACACCAAUUAAAGAAGAAAGCUUCGAUGAUAUGGAAAGCUCAACGCAUUACACUCCUGUUAUAAGUAGGAGUGGAUCUAGGUAUAAUUGGGUUUUAGUCAAUAGCGACACUGAUAACAGCUUAAAAUCACAAAUAAUAAAUAAUAAUGAUAGCAAUCCCAAUGAUAACAAUAUGAGUACUAUAAUAGAAAAUAGUAUUGAUGAAAGCCAUAACCCUAAUACCGAGUCUACUGUCCUUCCAAAUACUUUGAAUGAUAGUAAUGUUGAUAAUAUUGUUACUGAGCAGGUCAAUAAUAAUGAUAAUAAUAGUAAUAAUAGAAAAAGUAAGUUGGUGAAAAAAUUUAAUGACAUCAGUGAAAAUGUUGAGGUAGGUAAUGUGGCCGAUAUUAAAGGUCAAGAUUUACAUUUAGAAUCAUCUGAUUGA